UCAAACAAACUGGAUGACAAUUGAAAAUGCCCUCGAGAAAACGUGGGAAAGGCAAAACAAAAAGGAAAUCCAAAUCAGAAGAUCGUUCAAAAAUAAUUGAAAGCGUCGAUUGCCAUGAGGAACCAACCGGGACGCAUUGCCAGUCGCUGGAAAGGAAUGCUGAUACUGACGUGUCCGGCAACACCAACAGAAAGUCCAAAAAAUCUGGAAAUGACAAAUGUUCCAAGAAGGUUCACAUCGCCUUCCUUCCAGACAACUACGAACCCCUGACAGAGGACGCUGACUUCAAAGCCAAGGCAAAGGAAGAAGAGUCGGAGAAAAGACGGCAGAAGUACAAACAAUUCCGAAAGAAUGUGGGCAAGGCGGUGCGAUUCAGCUGGAAGUGUCUGGUUGCUGGCCUGCAAAGUUUCUCGGCUGCCUACUCCACGCCGCUCUCUGCGGCCGCCACCAUCAUCCCAGAGAUGCACCGCCCCCACCCAAAGGCCUGAUGAUGGCUCCUGACCAUAUUACUGCCCCCACCCAAAGGCUUGAUGAUGGCUCCUGACCAUAUUAGUGCCCGACAAAGGCAAAGUGCAGCAACUACAUCAUUAUUUUGUCUGAAAAUGGACUCCAUAAUACCUGUGACAAAGCCUUAUGGUCCAAUUGUGUCCUGCUUUAGAGAUAUUGCUGUUAUAUUUUCAGUAACCACAAUGUCCAGCCCAAACUAAUACCAGUACUUUGAAGGCCCUUUUCUCAGUUUCAGUGUUGCCGUACUUACUGCACUUUGCCUUUGUUGGGCAGAAUACCCCACAGUAUUGGAUCCUCAUCCUGCAGUGGUUCUCUUAUCUUGAUUGGAGGACUCUGGAGUGGAGAAUCAUUCACCAUGGACAAGUUGAUGACGAAGGGGGUUUUGGACUUGAAUUCAAAUUCCGAUUUCAUGUGCAAUUAACAGUCAAAUGUUUCAGCAGUGUUGGUUCUCUCUCUCUCUCUCUCUCUCUCUCUCUCUCUCUCUCUCUCUCUCUCUCUCUCUCUCUCUCUCUCUCUCUGUGUGUGUGUGACCACCUGCAUCUGCUUGAGAAUCUCGAGCUCGAGGGUAGAUGUGCGUAUGCGCUCCAGUCCAUGAAUCAGAUGGUAUUUAGAAGGAGCCUGCGCAGCGACCAGUAAACAGUGCCGAAUGGUUUAAAGAGAGCAGUCAAAAUGCGUCUGCUUUAUGUCAAUGUUUACCUGGCUAUUUGAAAAGGCCACGCGAUAUAUGGGGGCCCACACUCGUCCAAGCAGGCCUCGGGAGCCUACACACCUGGGCCACGGCUGGAUUUAUGGCGGAGCUCUGUCUACAUCCAAACGAGGGGGAGGGGUUGCUCAUGUGUCCCCAUCAAAAGGGCCAGAUGUGUUGAAAAGUUGGACCAGGCAGGUUGUGCUGUAUGUCAGAGCAAGUUGAUAUUGAAGCGUCAUGAUACAGAGAGGCUCAUAUAGGGUAAACAGAUGAGUUUUUUUAAUCUGAAUUGAAGAGAUAAAGGAAUUGUGUAAAAUGGUGGACAGACUCAAGAGAGCAUUGGAGUGGUUGCACGUGAGAAACGAGAUAGGGACAAGUGAUCUCAUGAACCCUGUGAUGUAGCAAAGUGUCACCGUCACUGAUAAUGAGUUCUAAUCUGUGGGGAGUGUAAAUAUGUAUGGUGUAAUUAUUUACAUUUCUGUAUGUUUUUAACUGGACCUCUGUAAAUGUUGUAUGCUCUGUGUGUUGAUAAAUCUAAAUGAAUACAAACAAUCUCUGAACGCGGA